ACAGCUUACAUGUAGCAUCUUUAUUUAAAAUAGCAAAAUUAUUUUUAAGGUACGUUAGGAGCGCAGGCAGAAAUUGCUCCUUGAAUUCCUGUUUAAACCAGUUCACGCAGUCUGAGCUUUUAACAGGGGUAAACAAAUGGGCAUGUGAAUCUUGUACAAAACUUAGGUCUUCAGAAGACAGAAGUGAUGAUAGCGAAGAAAAUGCGACUAAUAUUGCUUAUUCUACUGCAUCUAAGCAAUCGCUUAUAUUCUGUCCUCCUAUGAUCCUGACCAUUCACAUAAACCGAUUUGUUCAGACCUUAAGAGGAUUUGUUAAACAAACCAAGCAUGUCGAAUUCCCUGAAAUGCUGGACCUUGCUCCCUUCUGCUCCAGUACUGCUAUUUCCCUUCCCAACAUGCUUCCACACCAAAAAAAAGUGUUAUACAGAUUGUACGGUGUCGUGCAACAUUCCGGAACAAUAGAGGGUGGCCACUAUACAGCCUUUGUCAAGGUGCGUCCAGCAAACACAUCAGAAAGAAACAUGUCAGACUUCUUCUCUACGCCACUAAGCAGGGUAGAGGAUAUAUCAAGAUUCCAAUGGGAGCUCCAGCAGCAAUCCUCAAACAAAGCUCAGUCGACAGAGGUGGAGGAUGACAGUGUGAACCAGCCUCAGCGAUGGUUCCACGUUUCAGAUUCUGUUGUCAGCGAAGUUACAGAGGAGAAGGUUCUCAAGGCCCAGGCUUAUUUAUUAUUCUACGAAAGAGUUGUGUGAUAUAUUUGUUUAUUCAUUUUCUUCUAAGUUUAUUUCCCAACAAUAAAAUGUUUAUGAAAGUA